ACAGAAGAAUGGAGAAGGCGGGAACAAUGAAUUAAAUUAAUACGAGUUAAUCGGAUGGCAUGGCUCGGCCGUGCAGGUGUGGUCCCUGCUGAAUGUUAUCUUAGACCUUUAUUCAUAUCAAAUAUAUUGUUCUGUCUCUAGCCUAAGCUUGUUCUCCAUCGUGUAUUGGUAAUUGUUACGAUGCGAUGAGGUGGUGUAGAUAAUAAUGUGACUUCCAUGUAUGAUCUUAUAGAUUAGGCAGUUGCAUCAUGACAAAUCUACAAUUUAAGGAUUAUGUCUAUUAUUAGAGCAGUACUAAUAACAUAGUAGACCGUAAUUCUAAAUUCGUAAGCUCGACUAAAGAAACGCAACCUAUUAUUAUUUUUCUCUUUUUCACUUGAUAUUUCUCGAUCGAUAUUUACUUUUGUAAACCCAUUAUUCUAAUAGUCCUCUGAUUAAUGCUCAUGUGUAUUAUCGUAAUGUUAUAUUGAUUAGUUCUCACAACUUACUAGCUCAAUCAAUAAUAAAAACUGACCAUCUACAUUAGCUUAUUAGCUUUUGAUGGUUCGUUAACAAGCUUUAGUAGCAUUUAAAUGCUUCAGAGAAAUAAACUUGUUUUAACAUCAAGCUCUAGCAAAUAUGACCUGCAAAUAACCUCAAUAUACAUUGACUAUCCAUGCAAUCAAGGACUAAAUAGUUAUCUGGAUCUGAUUCAUAGUGUUUUUUCACUUAACACAUUCUGUUUUUAAACUAUACACUAUCCUGCAAUAUAUUUUCUUCCGACCUCUGCCUGCCUAAUUUCCAAUUCUCGAGUUCCAUUGCCAAACAACAAGAUUGACACUAAUGCAAAAACAUACGGUGAGUUUCAGCUAUAAGGUCAUUUUUGAUGGCUCGUUCAAUGGCAACCACACAUUUAUAUGAAUUCAUUCAACUGUUCUGAUUUGAGCGAGUGACAAAAACGUUAUUGGCACCAAACACCUUGGAAUUAACUGCCAUAUUGCGUGUUUUAUUUUGGAUGCUUUUUGAUCAAUACUACUCACGAAUGGCGUUACGUAUGUCGUCUACUGAAUAAUCCAAUUUUCAAAAAUAAUCCAGGCGAGUUUAACUAUUUUACUUGAUGUUUUUUUUGUACUUAACAUUUUACAUUUUUCAGUUGCUUUUGCUACAUAUUUGUAAGUGCCACUAAGCUAAAUGCAGGAACUUCUUAUGGGAAGUUCAUAACGCAUCAUAAUCCCAACUGAAGUUUCAUAAGCAGUCUUAACUUUAAGGUUAUUUUUCUGGCAAUGUUCACUAUUUUUAAAAUUGUCAUAUACAUCAAUAACCUGCAUGUUAAACUAUCCUGUAAAUGCGUUGCAUUAUAUCUCCAUGCCUUUUGAAUUCGAAAGUCAUUUGAAUCGCCCUUAGCAUUUCUCACCAAACCCAUCAUAGUCAUUCUUGCUAUACGUAUUUGGGUUUGUCAAUCGGUCUACCAUAUUAGUAACAUAAAAAGACAAACAUAGUUUAGAUAAUAAAGUUACAAAUUUGAGUACUAGCAUACUGCCUUAGUAUGAUAGCUAAACUAUCAGGUAGUUGUUGGCUAAACAAACAUUUAAAAUUAAAACUCCGGAAACUAUUACUAAAAUUAACACUAGAUGUAUAUUCUUGAAUUGAAAUUUAUAAUAUAAUUAGGCGGCUCGGUUUCUUCAACGCUACAAAUUUCUGAUAGUUUCAAAUCACCUAAAGCAACAAUACCUAUUUUUCCACCGGCAAAUCCUCAAUCAACACUAUAAUUAGUUAGACAUAAUGGUUUCAGGAUAUCGUCAUAAAGCAUUGUCAUGAUUUGACAAUCACGUAAUAUGAUUGAUAAAAUUGACGAAACUAUUAACAAAUCGGUCAGCAAAUCGACUUAUAAUUAUCAUUAAGUAGUGUUGUUUUUCUUUUCAUUCACUACGGAUGAUUACAGUAUGUUGCUACCUUGACGUGGUGGUCGGGCUUGCCUAUCGUGAUGAAGCAACUGAGCUAUACUGGCUGGAACAACCGUUCCUCAAGGUCCUACCAUGCCAGACAGGUCGGUUGAAGAGCGGUAAGACUAAAAGCAACAAAACCAAGGUCCGAAGGCGAAGUCGUACUGCUGACUGUACAGAGGUGUGACAGCAGUAAGGUGUUUCCUUCAGACAACCAGCAUGACAGCGAUGCUGCCUUCCCACAAGGAGGGGUGGGGUUAGAAAAGGUCGACCCUAAAAAUGCACACCUCGCCUUAUCCCACGGAUAUCCGUCUCCGGCGGUAAGGACUCAACAAGUACGGAGCUAACACAAAAAUCACUCAUAAAAAGGUCGUGUGUGACCGACCUCAAGCAGCUGUCCCUUGGGCACUGCGGUCACGCUCUCAGGUCACAAUGACCAACUCUAAUCCAAUUUCCUUUUCAGGUACCUCCAGAAGAACCCUUCCACGGUGUGGGCAACCGGGAAGUGAUAACCGCCCUCAUACCUCUAACAGCACUCAAGACCACUGUAUUCAUAGUCAACCUCCCUCUUCAAUUCCUAUUAUUCCUCCUACAUCGACUUUAUACACUAAACUUCCUCUAUUAGCUUCCUCCUCAAGUGUCACCACAGCCAACGAUUCUAAUGCUCAAAACACUGUCCCAGGUCUACUGAAACCUCGCUCCAAACUACACAUUGGAGCCUUCAACGUACGCACACUAUGCCAAAUCGGUCAGCAGGCUUCCUUGGCUAAAACCUUAGAAUCUCGUACCAUUGGUGUAUGCUGUGUCUCCGAAACACGCAUACAGGAUCCUAGUGUGGUCAUUCACUUGACCUCACCUCGGCAAAACGGAGAGCCAACGAGAUACACCCUCCGUGUAUCUGGCGACCCGAUGGCUAGUUCUCGUGGACUGGCAGGUGUAGGCAUAGCACUUAGCAUGAGGGCGGAACAAGCGCUAUUAGAAUGGAUCCCCGUUAACAGUCGUCUAUGCGCUGUUCGGCUAAACGGCUCGGUAAGAACUCGGAAGGAUAGGGACACACGUCGUUGCCUUUUCGUCGUUUCUGCCUACGCUCCCAUUGACUGCAGUUCGGAUGAAGUGAAAGAUGAAUUUUACAGAAUGCUGUCUGAACUUCUUCAGAAAGCUAAACGUUCAGACAUAGUACUCGUAGGAGGUGACUUUAAUGCCCAGGUAGGUAGCUUAAACAAAACAGAAAGACAUUUAGGUGGGUAUUUUAGUAUUCCGGCACAGCGAACAGAUAAUGGUGAUCGUCUGCUGCAACUGUGCUCAGACAAUCGUUUAUUUUUAGCAAACACAAAUUUUAAGCAUAAGGAGAGACAUCGUCUAACAUGGCGACCCCCUGCACCAAACCAACGAUGGACUCAAAUAGACCAUAUUGCCAUCAGUCAUCGUUGGAGAGGGUCAAUAGAAGAUUGUCGCUCAUUCUGGGGUACCUGCUUGGACUCUGAUCAUGCCCUAGUACGAGCACGCAUCUGCUUGCGCCUCACUGGACGCAAAAGAGCCACACAAAAAAGACUCAUUAGAACCGAAUUGAGUAAUGAGAAAGCCAAAAGUAGGUUCCAGGAACAACUGAGGUCACACUUAGGUAGUUCUGAAAACGAGACUGACCCAGAUGUUGCUUGGAAAGUUAUACAAGCAGCUGUGGAAACAGCAGUGACAUCUACUAGCGAUUCAAACCACAGGGUUACAAAGAACCAAUGGAUUUCGUCAAGGUCUAUUGCACUGAUAGAUUCUCGCAAACUCAUCCCAUCAGGUUCUGAAUACGAUGAAGAGCGUAAAGAAAUCAGAUCUAGAUUAAGCAAAAGUCUAAAGAAUGAUCGUGAGCAGUGGUGGGCAACGAAAGCAAAAGAGAUGGAAAAGGCGGCGGCUAUAGGGAAUACAAGACAACUCUACAGACUAAUAAAAGAAACUGGAAUUAAUAAAUCAAGUGUAAGUCAGACCAUUUCGGAAAAAGACGACACUCUCAUCUGCUCCCAGUCCAGACGCUUAGAACGAUGGGCGGAACACUUUAAGGAGCAGUUUAGCUGGCCUUCAGCUACUCUACAACUACCCUCUAUUCCCAGACAGUGUGAAUGGAACAUUGAAGUAGGUCCCCCAACUCUAGCUGAAGUUCAAAAGGCUAUAGCUAAUCUGAAACGAGGACGGGCAGCUGGUCCAGAUGGAUUGGCCCCAGAGGUCUUUAAGGAUGGUGGUCUAGUCUUAGCGAUUAGGUUGACUAAUAUUUUAGCUAAAAUCUGGGAGUUAGACGUUAUCCCAUCUAACUGGUCACAAUCACUUAUCGUCCCAAUAUUUAAGAAAGGGUCAAAAUCAUCCUGUGACAACCACAGAGGGAUUAGUUUGACUAAUAUAGUAUCUAAAAUACUAGCUUCGAUAAUUUUCGGACGCCUAACUAAAACUCGUGAGCUGCAAACACGUGAAAAUCAGGCUGGCUUCAGACCUGGUCGUGGCUGCAUCGACCACAUAUUCACCAUUCGUCAGGUUCUAGAACACAGGCAUACUUAUCGGCGUCCGACAAUGGUGGUAUUCCUUGACUUAAAAGCAGCGUUUGACUCUGUUGACCGAAAGGUUCUGUGGCAGUGUCUGUCAUUGAAAGGCGUACCUCAGAAGUACAUAAACCUUGUGAAGGCUCUUUACUCGAACACUACUAGUCGGGUCAGAGCCUAUGGCGAACUGUCAUCUGCUUUUGCAACCUCAAGUGGCGUCCGUCAAGGCUGUCCACUUUCUCCUUUUUUGUUUAACUUUAUCAUAGACAUCCUGAUGGAAAUAACGCUCUCAUCGACUGACUUCUCGGGUAUUGAUCUCCUACCAGGAGGUCCACUUAUUGACUUGGAAUACGCAGAUGACAUAGUCCUGUUUGGUGAAGACGCUGACGAAAUGCAGAGUCUUUUGUUAGCACUGAGCAACAAUGCCCGAUUGUUUGGGAUGCGCUUUUCUCCCUCUAAAUGCAAGUUGUUGCUUCAGGACUGGUCUGCAUCAACACCUGAACUAAGGAUAGGGGGUGAAGUAGUCGAACGCGUUGACAACUUCACUUAUCUUGGAAGUCUGAUCAGCCCUAAUGGGUUGGUGUCUGACGAAAUCUCAGCACGGAUUCGAAAAGCUCGCUUGGCCUUUGCCAACUUACAUCAUCUAUGGCGAAGGCGAGAUAUUCGUCUAUCAAUUAAGGGACGAGUAUACUGCGCGGCAGUUCGUUCCGUCCUUCUAUACGGCUGCGAAACAUGGCCUUUAAGAGUGGAAGAUAUUCGUAAGUUACUAGUAUUUGACCACAGGUGCCUUAGAAAUAUUGCGGGUAUCUGCUGGGACCACCGGGUAAGUAAUAGUGAGGUUAGACGCAGGGUAUUAGGGAAUGAUGGUAAAUCAGUUGAUGAGGUUAUGAAUCUUCAUCGACUGAGAUGGUUGGGCCACGUGUUGCGUAUGCCUGAACACCGAUUACCACGACGCGCAAUGCUGACUAGUGCAGGGGAUAAUUGGAAGAAAGUUAGGGGCGGCCAAACCAAAACGUGGCAUCAAUGCUUGAAGUCACUAACUUCUGGUCUGAGUCAUGUUGGGAGAUUCAGACUGCCUGGUUGGGGUCCGCGUGACUAUCGUAACCAAUGGUUGGAGACUCUUGGUGACAUGGCUCAGAAUCGAUCACAAUGGCGUCGGUGUAUACACUCUCUGUCUUCCUUAAAUUAAGAGAUUAAAAUCGCUUCAUAUCUGUCUAGGAACUAAUUCUUUCUUCCUGUACUAUCUCCAUAUACACAAUCUUUCUUCUAUAUAUUACCACCACUGAAUUAACUACUAUGAAUCCGGUGUUCAUCUUGUUGUGCUAAUGCGGUAUGGCAACUUGGACCGAUGCAUAUACGUGCCUGGUCCUACGUUGCAGCUGACUGACUGACUGACUGACAGUAUGUUUAUCAGUUGCUCAUUCAGUAAAUAUCUCAAAAUCUUGUCAGUCUAAUUGGAGGUUUAGCGACACAAUCAUGCAUGCAAACAAUCAGUAUAAGCAGUCGAGCAAAUCUCCUGCAAACUGGAAACAUCACUGUCGAAUUUACCCAAACAUUGACUAAACACCAGGCCAUUAUCAUAGACAUGAGUUGGGAAUGUACUCCUUUUGGUUAUAACUUAUGUUCUCCCUGGUAAUCACAUGAGCAUCACUCGCUGUUAAUCAUCUUGUAAAAACUUAUUUAGACGAACACAUCUUGCAGCACCACCUCACCUAGAAAGGUGGCACAUAGGCUUAACUGAUUUCAAUUACUUAUAAUCACUAUAUCUCAAUCAAAUCGUGUUCCGCCUCAUGCUAAACUGCAUACUUGCAACUAACUCGUAUGCACCAUCAGCCGGUAGAUAUGAAUAUAAAUAAAUAGUUUAUGGCAAAUCAGAACAUUGAGUCUACAGCAUAUAUCUAACGGAUACACUCAUGUUUAACGAAUCACCCUUAGCUAUCUGUCCAAAAUCCACAUAAUUAUUACUUUUCACGUAUUUAAACGUUUUCUUGAUAACCAUUCAUAUAUAUUAGUUGUAUUACUAAAUUCUAUCACGGUCAGGUAAAAGUGAGGCCGAGAAAAUCUCCCCAUAACUAAAUAAACCGUAUCAAACUAACCAGGACACUAGUUGGAAUUCUUCUCCACGGUAAAUUUUGUUCUUUCAGUUAGUCUACUAAUACAGAUGCGAUUGGACAUCAACUCAUAUGGACAGCUUACUGGCAUAAACAUUGUUUGAUUUUAUAAUGUAAACCAAAACUAAUACUAAUAUUAACAUUUCUACAAUAUUCAUUGCUUUUAAUAUUUCUAGACACAAAAUACUUACCACCUAUAAAUCAAGUUAUUAUCGAAGGCUAUUAACACUCAUCUUAGGUUUUAUUAUUAUUGUUAUUGUAAUCCUAUUUUUCAUAGCCCAAAUAACCACUCCAAAAUUUCAUUUUAAGCGUGUUAAGCAUGCAAUCAGAUAUGUUAAAAUUAUCACAUGUAUUUCCCGACCAGAUGCUGCCGCCUUCUUUUUGAUUUAUCUUUCAGCUUAUCAAUACCCGGGGGAUUCUUAUUAUUCUUGUUAACCUCCGGCGCGCGACAAUCCUACACGAUUUGGUAUCGAACCAACGUCACGUUGUUUCUGGUGGGAGAGUAGUGUAGAGGCAUUGGGCCCUACCACGAGACAAUAUGAGAAAUAGACAUUAAACAUUUAACGCGGAGAAAUACAGUAGAAUGGAAAAGGUGGAGAGAAUAAAUUGAAUCAUUCGGAGUUAAUCUUAUGGCAUGGCUCGACCAUGCAGGCGUGGUCCCUCCUGAAUUCUACUUUAUAUCUUUUAUUCAUAUUAAAUAUAUUGUUCUAUCACUA